UUGUGGUUCAUAAAAAUACAUCUAAAAAAACUCACCCAUUUACUAUUUUAGCUACUACGUGUAGUUAUUCUCACUUUCUAAUCCUGAUGUCUUUUACUUGAUUGUAUUCAUUUUUAUUUGUCAUUUUUUCUCAAUUUUUACGAAAAGAUAAGCAGAGUGAUUAGAAAGUAUAGUAAUAGGAUGAAAGCUAUUCAUGAUCACUGUGCAAAUAAGAAUGACAUUAUAAUUCAUGAAUUUAUUCUUUAACUUGAUCGUAAUCAAUAUGUAUGUCCUAUAAUUUAGAGCGUAUAUAAACACUUUAAGUCAUUAUAAAUUUGAAUAACAGCAUGCGCGUCUCAAAUGAAUUAUCAUACAAGAUAUGUGUGUAUUUGAUCAACUUUAUACUGUAUAAGUUUACAGGCAUCUUUGAUGCUAAUUAAGACGGUGAUUAGAAAGCAAUUAAGGCAGUGAUUAAGGAAAAAGAUAAGCAACAGUGCGUACUAGAAAAAAGGGAGAGAGAGGGAGGAAGCAGAAGAAUCAAGUAGAGUCAUGCUAGAAUUCGAGUUGCUCUAUGUACUGAAACUAUCUCUAAGAAGAAUAAACCAUUUUCAAGAACCCAAAAAAUGGAGUUGCAGAACAGUAAAACAAGAAAAGGAACAACACCCACAGGCCAGAAUAACAAAAACAACAAAGACACUUACGAAGAUUCCACCUUUUCUGCUUCCUCUGCUGCUAGUCACAUGAAACAUAAAGCCAACAAGGCUACCAUGGCUCAGUACAAUGCUGAUGCAAAGCUUAUGGCUGAAUUUGAAAAGUCUACUGUGUCUGGUGAGUCAUUUGACUAUUCAAAAUCAGUGCCUUAUGCACCAGAAGAUGCUAAUGAAGAAGAAAUCACUGCUUAUCUUUCAAGAAUUCAAAGGGGUGGUCUCGUCCAGCCAUUUGGUUGUAUGGUUGCUAUCGAGGAACCCAGUUUCAAGAUUAUUGGUUAUAGUGAGAACUGCUUUGAUAUGUUGGGUUUAAAGAUUGUUGAGCCUGCUAAGUUGAAAGGUUUAAUUGGGGUUGAUGCUAGAACCCUUUUUACCCCUUCUUCUGGGGAUUCAUUGGCCAAAGUUAUGGCAUCUAGGGAACUUUCUUUGUUGAACCCUAUAUGGGUUCAUUCUAGGAGUAACCAUAAACCCUUUUAUGCUAUACUUCAUAGGAUUGAUGUGGGAAUUGUGAUUGAUUUAGAACCUGCUAAUUCUAGUGAUCCUGCAUUGCUGCUAGCUGGGGCAGUCCAGUCACAAAAACUGGCUGUCCGGUCGAUAACUAGGUUGCAGUCACUUCCUGGUGGAGAUGUAGGGAUUCUCUGUGAUACCGCGGUGGAAGAUGUGCAGAAGCUGACUGGAUAUGAUAGGGUAAUGGUCUAUAAGUUUCAUGAUGAUAAUCAUGGCGAAAUAGUGUCUGAGAUUAGGAGAUCAGACUUGGAACCUUAUUUGGGUUUGCAUUAUCCUGCAGCAGAUAUACCACAAGCUGCUCGAUUCUUGUUCAAACAAAAUAGAGUUAGAAUGAUAUGUGAUUGCAAUGCACAGCCUGUUAAGAUUGUUCAGAGCGAAGAACUAAAGCAGCCGAUUUGCUUAGUAAAUUCAACUCUUAGAUCGCCUCAUGAAUGCCAUAGCAAGUAUAUGGGCAACAUGGGAUCUAUUGCGUCGUUAGUGAUGGCAGUUCUUAUUAAUACCGGUGAUUCAAUGAAGCUUUGGGGUUUGCUUGUUUGUCAUCACACUUCUCCCCGCUAUGUGCCUUUUCCACUUCGAUAUGCAUGUGAAUUCUUCACGCAGGCAUUUAGCCUGCAGCUUAAUAUGGAGCUCCAAUUGGCAUCACAAUUGGCAGAGAAGAAAACUCUCCAAAUGCAAACAUUACUAUGUGACAUGCUUCUUCGAGAUGUUCCAUUUGGUAUUGUAACACAAUCCCCUACUAUUAAGGAUCUUGUGAAGUGUGAUGGAGCUGCACUUUAUUGUGGUGGAAAAUGUUGGUUGCUUGGGGUGACGCCAACUGAAGAACAAGUUAAAGAUAUUGCAAAUUGGUUGCUAGUUGCUCAUAAGGAUUCCACAGGUUUAAGUACGGACUGUCUUGUAGAAGCUGGUUAUCCUGGUGCGGCUUUUCUGGGAGAUGCAGUUUGUGGCAUGGCUACUGCGAGAGUUGCUUCCAACGAUUUUCUAUUCUGGUUCAGGUCUCACACAGCAAAGGAAGUCAAGUGGGGAGGUGCUAAGCAUCAUCCAGAUGAUGAAGAUGAUGGAGGAAAAAUGCACCCGCGAUCUUCAUUUAAUGCCUUCCUUGAAGUUGUUAAAAGCAGAAGUUUGCCAUGGGAGGUCCCGGAGAUUAAUGCCAUUCAUUCUCUACAAAUCAUAAUGAGAGAAUCAAUUCAAGAGAUUGAGAACAGCUCGCUAAAAACUACUACCUCUUCUCAGCAGAAUGGUGCUGAUGGGCCAAGCAUGGAUGAACUUAGUUCUGUGGCAAUGGAAAUGGUUAGGUUGAUUGAGACAGCCACUGCUCCAAUUUUUGGAGUUGAUCCAUCUGGCUUAAUAAAUGGAUGGAAUGAGAAGAUUGCUGACUUGACAGGAUUGCAUGCUAGUGAAGCUGUUGGAAGGUCUCUCCUUAAUGAUAUUGUUCAUGAAGAUUCACAUGCAACUGUUGAAAAAUUUCUACAUAGAGCUCUGUUAGGU